CAUCGCAAUGCUCUGAGCAAUUUUUGCUGAACCCUAAAGCAUUGCUUUGCUUUUUACAACUCCUUGGAACUGAAUUUCACCUGGGUUCUGAACCAGUUAGUCUCAGGGCGACGAUUUACCUUUGUCACAAUCGAUUUUUGAAUUUUCCCUGUAUAUAUAUUAUUACGGUUCUUGCGAACUUUCAAUGACCAUACUUUAUCUGUAAUAUAUUUAUGUAUUACAACAUUAACGUGAGGAGAAGAUGGCAACGGGUUUCCGCCAAUGGGAAUCCGAUCCUUUGUUUUCUGCAGCCGAGGUUGUUCAAGAUUCUGCAGACAGAAUGGACUCCAUUUUCCGAAUGCUGUUGCACGAGCAAAGUCCUGUUCAAGGUCCCUCUUCAGAUCCAAAGCUCCUUAGUUCACUGGAGUAUCAUAAGCGUGAUCUUGAGACUGCUCUGGGAACAGCCAAAUGGCAGUUGGAGGAUUUUGAAAGAGCAGUGAAUCUGUCAGCUUUGUCAGAUAAGUCACAUCUGAGGGAAAAUGUUAUUUCCCAACACAAGCAAUUUAUUAGAGCCAUUAGAGAACAGAUUAUUCAAGUGGAGAAAACUUUGGAAGAUCCAUUGGUGGGAGAUUCAGGUAGAACUUCUGAAUCUGUAUACUUAAAUGAACAAGACAGAGAUGGGUUGGCAUUAUUUCUGUCUGGGGGAAACCCUGGGGAACACCAUGCACACUAUGACUCAGAAGAUAGUAGUAUUAUGAGAAGGUUUCUUGAUUCAACCACAGCUUCUGGAUUCGAUAACAAGAGUGAUGAGAUUGUUGAGCUAAAACCUGAAGAAAAUGAGGACUCAAAGCUGAAUGGGGUUACACAUUUAGAUCAUAAUUUUGAUUUGUUAAAGGAGCACAAGUUAAGGAAAGGAGGCUCUCAUUACCCUGCCAGAUUGGGUUUUGAGGAAUCAGUUUCCCUCCAGGGCUCCUCUGAGAACAGAAAUGGUGAAGCUAGGAGUUGGGAUUUGGAAAAAUGUGACUCUAAUGCCAAAAGUUUCUUCUCCAAGAAUAAGUUGAGAGAAUCCUACAAUAGACUAAAUGUAUUACGGUUCUUGGGCAACUAUUGGUCUGCAUUUGGCAGUAAUAUGACAAGAAGCUCCACAAAAAAGUGGAAAGAUGGAGAGAUAGGAUUGGAGUUUGAUCAAAGGCCAUCCUCCUCAUAUAUUGACAUGUCCCAGGUUGAACGGGGUCGGCAUACCUGCAAUGGGUUUGCUUCUGGAUUUGGCAGUUACCAUAGAGUAUGUUUCAAGGUACUCACAAAUACCAUGCAAUCAUGUAGCUUGAGUGGGUCUUGUAAAGGGGGACUUCAAAGGUUGCAAUAUUUUGCCCACGUCAAUCGAGUUCCUGUACGGUCAUUAUCAGCUAUACUCAUUACGCUGAUAGUUUUAGCUAUCUUGGUUUCUCUUGUUGUUUGAGAGCACAGUCUGUCUAAGUGGAUUUUGCAGACUCUCCAUGGUUCCGGCAAAUUGUGGUGGGUAAUAUCCGUAUUCUUAACAUGGAUCCAUCCUCUUCAGCUUUCUCUUUACUAUUAGCUUUCAAUUUCUCAUAUUAAUGUAAAGAGAAUCAUCUGCUUGCAGGUUGCUGUGAAUGGAAUCAUGAUUGAUUGUGCCUGAUAGAUAUAUCUGA